UCUUUCGAUUUCUCUCAGAUCCGACUGAUCAAUCGGGUUGAUUCCAAUGGCAUCUAUCGCCGACGCCACCAGAUCCUCUUCCGACACUAACGGCGUACCGGCGGAGAAGCGCCGGACGGCCUUAAUUACCGGCAUUACUGGCCAGGAUGGUUCGUACCUGACCGAGUUUCUUCUCGAGAAGGGCUAUGAAGUCCAUGGAUUGAUCCGGCGAUCUUCCAACUUCAACACUCAGCGAAUCAACCACAUCUACAUCGACCCUCACAAUGUUCACAAGGCACGAAUGAAGCUUCACUAUGCUGACCUCACCGACGCCUCCUCUCUCCGCCGAUGGCUCGAUAUCAUCCAACCCGAUGAGGUCUAUAACCUCGCUGCUCAAUCGCAUGUUGCUGUUUCUUUUGAAAUUCCGGAUUAUACUGCCGAUGUUGUCGCCACUGGUGCCCUCCGUCUGCUUGAGGCCGUUCGAUCUCAUAUCUCUGCCACUGGCCGUACUCAAAUUCGGUACUACCAAGCGGGAUCGUCUGAAAUGUUCGGGUCUACUCCGCCGCCUCAGUCGGAGACGACUCCAUUUCAUCCUCGAUCCCCUUACGCUGCAGCGAAGUGCGCCGCGCAUUGGUAUACUGUGAAUUACCGUGAGGCCUACGGGAUCUUCGCUUGUAAUGGAAUACUAUUCAACCACGAAUCGCCGCGCAGGGGAGAGAAUUUCGUGACAAGGAAAAUCACACGGGCUGUAGGGCGCAUCAAGAUUGGGCUGCAAAGCAAGUUGUUCUUGGGGAAUCUGCAGGCGUCGAGGGAUUGGGGUUUUGCAGGGGACUACGUGGAAGCCAUGUGGCUAAUGCUACAGCAAGAACAACCCGAUGAUUACGUGGUUGCGACGGAGGAAUCACACACAGUGGAGGAGUUUUUGGAGGUCGCAUUUGGGAAUGUCGGAUUGAAUUGGAAGGACCAUGUGGUGAUCGACAAGAGAUACUUCCGGCCGGCGGAGGUCGACAAUCUCAAGGGGGAUGCAAGCAAGGCGAGGAAGGUAUUGGGAUGGAAACCAAAGGUUGGAUUUGAGAAGCUGGUGAAGAUGAUGGUGGAUGAAGACAUUGAAAUAGCCAAGCGGGAGAAGGUGUUGGUCGAUGCUGGCUACAUGGAUGCCCAGCAGCAACCUUGAUCGGUUCAGAUCAGAUAGAGCUGACCCAGAUCCAACCACCUGCAAUUUUCCCAAUCCUAGUGUUCCUUGAAAUGCAAUCCUUGUUGAACAGAGAAUAUAGUUUGAUUUGUAGAAUUCAUUGUCUGUUUUCUUCUGUGCUAUUUCUAUAUGAAGUUCUUCCACAUUCAGUUUAUUGGAUCUGUUCUCAUCUUCAACAUGUAUUACCAAUGUUUUCUUC